GCGCUGGCAUAGCACCGUCACAAUAGGCUCCCCUGAACCGGGAACGAGCUGCGAUUGCGGCCGCACGUGCGCGCACCGCCUCCUGACUCGGAUCACCUCCCGGCCCGUCACAGCCCGUAGUUCGCGCGGCAUCGCAACCUGACAUGUUCAGCGUACCUAAAUGAUCUCAUUUAAUCUCUUGCUUCUCCUUGUCUAGGUGAACUACUACACCCCCCCACACUUCCUCCAUCUCCCCACCCUCUGCAAAAAACUACAACAACAGUGCAGACGGGAGAACUGCACUCAUUGCCCACCACAGCUCGAGAAGAUCGAGUCGUUUGCGGGGAAUAACAGAUUGCUACUGUCCUGUCCACAUCGGCCCUGUGAGGGAGGGGGGGGGGGCGGAAGAGACGGGACCUCUGCGCUGGGAAGAGUCGCUCCGGUGCCGUGCGGCAUUGCGCGCAGAGCAGCCAAAGACUCAGCAGAGGCACUCAAAGCGCCGGAGGUGUCAAGGAAGGUGGAGGAUAUUUUACGCACAGCGGCACUCGGGUAGUGCACCCCCCCACCCGUUCGACACGCGGCCACUCACCGGGACUCUCCUGCCCGGUUUAGAAACUCAACGCAGUCGCUUCGCCCCUCUUGUUCGGAUUUGCACUUGACGAAGUGCACAUGAUGGAUUCCUUCAUCAUAGCGGCUCUGGCGCUGUGCUCUCUGAUGGCACCAGCCUGCGGGGACAAAGGGACCAGCAAAGCUCGGAGUUGUUCGGAUAUCAGGCAGUUUUACAGCGGGAAAGGAUUCGCUUUGGACGGUGUCCCUCAGUCCGAAAUAUCAGGGGAGCACCUGCGCAUCUGCUCCCAGGGGUACACUUGCUGCACCAGUGACAUGGAGGACAACUUGGCCGCGCAGAGCCGCAGGGAGAUGGAGGGAGUGCUGAAAGAGGCCGGCCGGACCCUGCAGACCUCACUCAUGGGACAGCACAAGGCCUUUGAUGGUUACUUUCUGGAGUUGCUGAACCGGUCUGCGAUUAAUCUUCAGGAGACCUUCCUCGCAAUUUAUGGCUUAUUAUAUUCCCAGAAUGCCGAGGUCUUCUCUGACCUGUACAGCGAUUUGAGGCACUACUACCGAGGCUCCAACGUCAACCUGGAAGAGGUGCUGAACGAAUUCUGGGCCAAGCUCCUGGAGAAGCUCUUCUUCCAGGCCAACCAGCAGUAUCACAUAGGUGAGGAUUACCUGGAGUGUGUGUCCAAGCAGAUAGACACACUGCGGCCCUUCGGAGACACGGCCCGCCUGAUGAAGGUGGCGGUCACACGCACAUUCGUGGCAGCGCGCUCCUUCGUUCAGGGACUGGGGACCAGCGGGGACGUGGUGCGCAAAGUGUCCCAGGUGCAGCUGACCCCGAACUGCAUGCGGGCCAUGAUGAAGAUGACUUACUGUCCCCACUGCCGUGGCGUGGCCUCUGCCAGGCCGUGUGCCAACUACUGCAGCAACGUCAUGAAAGGCUGCCUGGCCAACCAGGCCGACCUCGACACCGAGUGGAAGCAUCUGGCAGAGACUCUGAUACAGGUGGCUGCAGGCUUUGACGGUCCGUCGGGUGUAGAAAGCGUGGUCCUCUCCCUCCCCUCCCGCAUAUCAGAGGCCAUGUUAACCAUGGCGGAGAAUAUGGCGACCAUCAACAGCAAGUUGUUCCAGGCAUGUGGACACCCCAGAGAUGGGCGAGCCGGCAGCACGGGAGCCAAUGCCGUGAAAAGGGGGGAGGCUGCUGGGGAGAACAGGUUGGGGACCAGCUCGAACAAAAUGGCCAAACUGGUGUCUGAUGUCACCGCGAGACUGAGGGACAUGCAGCCGUACUGGGUUUCCCUCCCCAGCAUGCUGUGCAGUGACAGAGUUGCCACUGGAACCGCGGCCGAGGAUAAGUGUUGGAACGGCAUGAGUCGUGCCAGGUACCUUCCCGAGGUGAUGGGCGACGGCCUCGCCAGCCAGAUCAGCAACCCGGAAGUGGAAAUCGACAUCACCAAACCGGACAUGACAAUACGCCAGCAGAUCAUGCAGCUGAAGAUCAUGACGCACCGCCUGAGGAACGCUCUUAACGGCCAGGACGUGGACUUCCAGGACACCAGCGAUGACGUCAGCGGUUCGGGGAGCGGAAUGUGCGGCGACAAUGUGUGCCACCGCGUGGCGCGUCCCGUGGCCCCCGUCACCAACCGACCCAAAUACGCCGUCCCGCCACAAGAGGAGGUGAAGAGCUCCAGCCGCAGCCAGAACCUCCCCGGCGUCACCGAUUUCCUGCUACCGUGGCUCAUCUGCCUGCUCCGCCGAUAA